AUAGAAGUAUGGAUUCUCAGUCUCAGCUGUUGUUGGAAGAACGACGAGAUUAGAGUGAUUGUGAGUGCAUUGACAAGAGGCCUGGAGUCUGUUGUCAAAGGAGUUGGAAAUGGUUUUUUAAGACUUUUGGAAGUAAGAUCGUGGGAAUUCUUCCAGGUUUCUCCGGUUCAUUUUUAAGACUGCUGGCUCUGUGAUCAGCUUCUUUGGUCAAAAUGCAUGGCUUCUUAUAAUGGAAGUCGCAAUAUUUAUGGUUGAGCGCUUUUAA